AUGACGGCCUUCCUUCCCACCCCCGGUGCCCCAAUUCUCAGCGGGCGGGGCACUCGCGGCGCGCAAAUAUGCUCUCGGCGCCCGGCGCCAUCACGCCAACCUGCCCGCGUGUACGUUUCGGCUGCGAUCGACGAGGCGCCUCCCAAUGACAGCAUUCCCGUCCCUCGGCCCCCGCCGCAACGUCCGCAACCCAAUGCACCUCCGCAGCGAGCUGCACCCACACCGUACAUAUACCGGGGCGAAAGGCCUAGACCUUCAGGCGAUUAUCGCGGUGCCCCCCGUCCUGCUUUCAUUCCCGAUCCGACGGCUACGUACUUCACAAAGUGUGGGUCGUGCCAGGCCGCGUACAAGCUGGAUCCGGAUUUCCCAGGGCCUCGAGGGAAAAAGGUCGCUUGCUCCGUCUGUGGCAAUCAAUGGUUUCAGAGGGCUGACAGGCUCAUGACUCUCAGGCAGGGAGAUCAGUUCAAGGAGUAUCCUGUUGACCAGAAAGACGAGCUGAUGGAGAAACAGCAGCAGCUAAGGAUGGAACGCUUUCGCGCUAGGAGUAACGAUGGUGGAGACAGGAGGGGUGGCUAUCGUCGUGAUGGGCCUCGGGAGGGUCAGGGUGCAAGGAGAAGUAACUCGCGCAACUUUUCCCCACAUUCCUUGUUCAUUGGCAAUUUACCAUUCAAUACUGAACAGGAGGAUUUGGAAAGAGUCGUCGGACAAGUAGUGGAGUUUACGCGAGUGGCCAUUAUUCGUGACCCUACAGGGCGUUCUAAAGGCUUCGCAUUUGCAGACGUCAAAAGCGAGGAGGCCGUACAGAUGGCCGUGAGCAAGCUGGACGGUAAGGAGCUUGGAGGAAGGGCCAUCACAGUCCGGGAAGGACGAAAGAAUUAAUAUUCUCGCAGUAAGGCUGCUUUGUUCCACCACUUGACACGUUGAUGAUGGACGACCGCAUGCGGAAUGCUUAUCCUAGGAACUAAGAGCGUGGAUGGAACCCGCGCUCUCGGUGCAGUUAGCUAGGAUAUUGUACUAUCGAAUUGGGCAGCCCGAGAGAGGGCGAUGAAAAGGUUGUCACGAUAUGUUUUACGGUUUGGUUCGUGGUAGGGAAACGGGUCCUGGUCGCUUUUAGGGCACUAAACUGUCGGAGAUACUUCUCGGAGCGGUUCGCCAAUA